AUGACCUCAUCCGCGUUCUAUCCCUACGAUGCCCACUUCCCGAGGCGCGGCUCUCUCGGCCUCGACAUCGACCUUCCGACGCAAGUCGCUCAGGGCUACCCCUUGUAUGGGGAGCCAUCUACCCCCCGCAGGUCGGCUGGGAUUCUGGGGAGACUAAGUUACGACUCUCAAUCCUAUCUGUUUGGCGACAAGCAGUUCUAUGUUCCCGGACAGAUCACGGACGCCGCGCGCGAUUUGUGGGCAUCGGCGAUGCCAUCUCCCGCCUCAGACGAUCUCUCCAGCAGCUGCUCCUCGUCCGCCCCGCACUCCCCCUUCCAAGAGUCACACGUUCUGUUCACGCAGUGUGUUGACCCCAAGGACUGUUGCCCUCCGCCCGAAUUGAGAUUGGACGAGGUCAUCGACACCACUCAGUGCGAGGGCAGCCAGGACGCGCCCGCCCUGAUCGUCGCAGCCCUGCACUCCCAGCAUCACUGCUAUCCCUCCCCGUCCCCCUGUUCGCAUCCUUCCGCACCUCCCUCGCCACUUUUUCUCUCGCGAGCUCCCUCUCCGAAUCCUUUCUCGGCGCAUCGUUCCCCGUCUCCCGCCCCGUCUCCCGCACGCGUCAACGCCUCGUCUCGCGCGCGCGCGCCCAAGCGUGCGCGCGACGACUCCGAUGACUCCGACGCCUCUCCCGCUCCGAAACGCGCAACGCGCGCCCGAAAUGUCGUGGUCUCUACGCCCGUCGCUGCCCCCACCACCGCGCGGAGGUCAUCGCGGGCUUCCGCCCCCCGUCGCGCCCGCGCCCGCGCCGGUUCUGCCCCCACGUCGGUACACCCUAGUGGCUCCUGGGACUCGCAGGCCGACGCCGACGCCGACGCCGACGCCGAAUCCGACCCGAGCGAGUCCGACUACGUCCCCAGCAGAGAUGGCGAGGCAUGCGACGACGACGAUGACGACGCCGAAGACGAAGACGGCGACGAAGAGUACAAGGACCCGGGCUCCAAGUCCAAGCGUCGAACGAAGCGCGGACCCGUCGCCGGUCAGGGUGACGAAGAUGGGCCCUACUACUGUGACCACACCUCCGCGAGUGGCGUGUGCAACUGGAAGCUGAGCCGUCGCUCGGACCUCGAGCGCCACAAGAGGACCGUACACAAAGAGGGGAAGUUUGUCGCGUGGAAGGUCACCUGUCCGGUUUGCGACCGCGUUAUGUCGCGACCGGACGCCCUCCAACGCCACACUCACUCCUCGCACAAGUUGACGCUUUCAUCUACGUACUUCGUUCUCGUUCGGCGGAUUCAAGACCCACCGGCGGCUCUUAGGGAGUACCUCCUCGAGACAGGAUGUGAAGGACUUCUCGAGGUCUUGGGGUCCAAGCCCGCGGUGAAGAGGAGACGGACCAAGACGUGCCGUAGACUCAUGUGGUCGAUGACCGGCAUCGAUGCCCAGCUGCUCGGUGAUGCUCUCCCGAGCAGGGGCAUAUGGCACUGGUGCAAAGUUGCCCCAUCUGCUCUCAACGACAUUCUCUCCUCCUUGACAACCGGCGUGUCCACGGCCAGGAUCUGCACGAAGCCCGGUUCUGACUGCCCCGGGCGGACUGUUUACCGCAUCGGGCGGGCUUCGCCGCCGUGCCGCGCGCGCAACCCGCCGCGCUCGGGGCUCGAAGCCCAUGCACCCCGGCCCUCGUCCGGCGGUUUCUGCGCGCGCGCACUGGAGACACUUAUUCCCGGGUGCCAUUCGCCACACGCGAGGGCGCGAAAAGACUCAACGGGCUUCUGGAGAGCCUACAGCGCGGGGUCCCUCGGACGACUCUCGCCCGUGCGCACGACGCCGGCCGGAGGCUUCGCCGCGUGCGCGCCCGUUCCUUUUGUGAUACUCCGGCCCCUCGGCGGGCGGUCGCGCGCGGCGGUAAAGGGCUCGUCCGCGGCGACUGCUGGCGUCGAGGAACGCAGCCGCGCGCGCUCCUCCGACUUUGAUGCCGGGCCUCGAGGCUUGUCCGGUGCGCCUUACGUCCUCUGCGGCUUGAAGCUUGAUCCAUCCGAGGUCAUUCGCACGUUCAUCCUCCUCGCUUGGCCGUUCGGGGAGGGAGAUAAUCGUCUGGUUGCCCCGCACCCCUGGCUCGCGCGUCUUCUGGAACACGCCUUGCCGCACCUUACCGACGCUGAUGAGCAGACCGCGCAGCCAGCGCUGCGCGCCUUGCGAGCCAUCGUCGGAGCCACUGCCACCCCGUUCAGCCAAACCGGCCUCUAUCUGUCUCUCCUCUACCACACACCGUUAUCACCAGCGCCCUAUGGAAAUCGACGCCGGCGAGGUCUCAUCACCCACUCCGGAGCCUGCGCCCACCGCUCCCUCGCGGCGGAACAUCUCAACGAGCACCUGUCGUUCCCCGCCCCGGAACUGCCUCUCGCGCCCAGCACCUCCCCUGCUGCGCCCCCACAACCGCGCCAGAUCCUCAAGGAGAGGCUGUACGUCGGAAACCUGCAUCACAGCGUGGACGAAGGGAAGCCCCGAGGCUACGCCUUCGUCGAGUACUCCGACAAAGCCGACGCAGAGAAGGCCCUCACGCGCGCCAACGACAAGAUCCUCCGCGGCCGCAAGCUCGUAGUCACCUACGCGAACCAGGCCCCGCUCGACUCGGCGGCAGGGUUGGGGCUCGGCGCGCGGAACCGCCGUAUGGUCAGCGAGGUCGGCAAGCCAACCACGCUGAGCCUGUUGAAGAGCGCGAACGCCGGUCGGUCCUCAGAUGCCACCGGGACGAAGAUCGCUCGCAUGGAGGCGAAGCUGCGCCAGCUCGAGCACACAGAUGCGCCCGCGGCAUCAUCCUCGUCCUCCUCGUCCACACGCAAACCCGCGCACCCCUCCCUCCCCGCGAAGCCGCUCGGCGCGAGCGCAGCCGCCGCGUCCGCCGCCGCCGCCGCCGCGAGCGGGAGCGCCGGGCCCGUCGCCCAGUCCGUCGGCGUCGGCAGGGGCCACGCCGGCACGCGGCACGGCGCACCCACAAACGGCUACGCAGCGGCUCCUGGUGGACGUGCGCGGGACAGGGCCGCCGCGCUCCCCGCGCUCCCGCUCGCCCCGCCGGCGGGCUUCAAGCACAACGCCGGGCUCCUGGGGCGCGGCGCGGUGGUCACGCGGAAUCCGGGCCCGCUCGCGCCCACAGCGGCCGGGCGGGCGUCGGCUGGCAGGGCGGGCGCAUCUGCUGCUGCUUCCGCCGCUCCGCCGCCGACGAUGCCGCCGACGCGUGCGGCACCCGUCAAGAAGGCUGCGCUCGCCGGGGUCCGGAUUGUGAAGGCGAAGCAGGGAGGGGGCGGGGCGGGCGCUGUUGUACAGGAUGGGGUGGUGGCUGAUAACUGA